ACGCUCUCUACCACAGCAGCAGCGGCAGCCAACAUGCAGUGGACAGUGAUUCUAGCAGCGCUAUUGGUGGCCACUGUGUCCGCUGACACAGACGUGGCCCACCAGCAGCAGGCCAUCAACCGUCUGCUCUACAAGGUCACCAGCCACAUCCAGUCAGGUUUCACAGACCUAAAAGAGGCAGCAGAAACAUGGAACCCAAGAGACCACACUGACAGGAGUACUGAUGGUGGCGCAGCCAUAAAGCACCUUAUGGAUGAGCUUGAUGAAAACCGCUUGCUCGAGCAGCAUCACUGGUUCUCCCUCUUCAACGACCGUCAGCGUGAGGAAGCCCUCUUGCUUGUCGAUGUCUUGCUGCACAGUGCAGACUUUGAAGCCUUCAAGAACAAUGCUGCUUACUUCCGUGAGCACGUGAACGAAGGAGAGUUUGUUUAUGCUCUGUAUGUGGCUGUGACCCACUCUGAGCUAACACCACAUGUGGUCUUGCCACCUCUCUAUGAGGUCACACCCCAUUUGUUCACAAACUCUGAGGUCAUCGACAAAGCUUAUGCUGCUAAGAUGACACAAACACCAGGCAACUUUAAGAUGGAAUUUACAGGUAGCAAAAAGAACCGCGAACAGCGUGUGGCCUACUUCGGUGAGGAUGUUGGCCUCAACUCUCACCACGUCCACUGGCAUAUGGACUUCCCCUUCUGGUGGGAUGGAGCUAAGAUCGACCGCAAGGGAGAGCUCUUCUUCUGGGCUCAUCAUCAGCUAACAGCCAGGUACGACGCUGAGCGUCUUUCUAACUUCCUGCCUGCAGUCGACGAACUGUACUGGGACCACCCAAUUAGAGAUGGAUUUGCUCCCCACACAACUUACAAAUAUGGCGGAGAGUUCCCUGCUCGUCCCGACAACAAGGAAUUCGAGGAUGUUGUAGGUGUGGCCCGUAUUCGUGACUUGAAGGAGCUGGAAAGUCGAAUCCAUGAUGCCAUUGCUCACGGGUACAUCAUCAACGCCGAUGGCACAAAAACUGACAUUAACAACGAACAUGGUAUUGAUAUCUUGGGUGACAUCAUCGAGUCUUCCACCUAUACCACCAAUGCUGCUUACUAUGGCGCUCUACAUAACCAAGCUCACCGCAUCUUGGGUGCCCAGUCUGACCCCAAACGCAAGUUCAACAUGCCCCCAGGAGUCAUGGAGCACUUCGAGACUGCAACCCGCGACCCCGCAUUCUUCCGACUCCACAAAUACAUGGAUAAUAUCUUCAAGGAGCACAAGGACAGCUUGCCACCUUACACUGCGGAAGAUUUACUCUACAGCAAUGUUAAGAUCACUGGUGUUGAAGUCAGUGAACUCUCUACUUUCUUCGAAGACUUUGAGUUUGACCUGAGUAAUGCUCUUGACUCAACAGAGAACGUUAACGAAGUUUCCGUCAAAACCCACAUAUCCCGCCUGAACCACAAGCCAUUCUCCCUCAACAUUCACGCUCAGGCCGAGCACGACGACAAAGUCACCGUUCGCGUCUACAUCAGCCCCAAGCAGGAUGAGAACCACAUUACCCUCGACAUCGACGAGUCCCGCUGGGGAGCUAUCUUGCUCGACACCUUCUGGACUGAAGUGCAUGCGGGAGACAACGAAAUCAAGCGCAAGUCCUCCGAGUCGUCUGUGGCCAUCCCUGACCGCGUGUCCUUCCCUCAACUGAUCCACGACGCUGACGAGGCUGUGGCCAACGGCGCUGAGCUGCCUCACAAGGAGAGUCGCAGCUGUGGUCACCCACAGAGGCUGCUGCUGCCCAAGGGCAGGGAACAGGGCAUGGACUUCUGGCUCGACGUUAUCAUUACCAGCGGAGAUGAUGGUGUCCAAGAUGACCUGACUGUUAACGACCAUGGCAGCACCCAUAGUUACUGCGGUAUUCACGGACAGAAGUACCCUGACAAACGUCCUAUGGGCUUCCCCUUCGACCGUCCCAUUCCUGACCUCCGAGUCUUCAAGGUGCAAAACCAGCAUGGCCAGGUCGUCAAGAUUUUCCAUCACUGAUCAACUUUCAUGGGACUCUGAAAUCUAUUUGCAUUGACCAAUAUUUAGUGCAGCUCAUGAACGUAGUAUUCCAUGAAAACUCGACAUUUAUACCAUUGUAAUGUAAACUAUCACUAAUGAUUGUUUAUUACACAAUAUGUAAUAUAAUCUCUACAGCUUAAGAGUACUGCAGAAUUAUAACUGUAAAAUGGA